CGGGAGCGUGUGUGCGGGAGUGUGUGCGCACACGCCUUCGGGGGCCGGAGGGACACUGCAGUGGGCUUCUCCCUGGCCCCGGCCUUCGGGCAGCUCAGACCCUAGCCUGCCGGCAGCGCCUUUGGGAAGCAGCUUGGCGCUUUCAUCUCCCCGAGCCUACCUCUCCAUCCUUUCAUCCACCCCUCGCCGCCGAUCAUACUUUUCCUUUUACCUACGGGGCCGCGGCCGGCCACCCCCCCAACCGGUGCAAACACCCAAACCGUCUCCAGUGCUCUCCUAAGCCAGGAUUUUCCCAUCUGUCUUUCCUUGGGGCUCCUCCACGAGCCAGUCUAAGGCUUCCCCCCAUCCUUGGAAAUUGUUUUGUUGGACUGCUGUACCGAGGCGUGUAAAGCUUGAGGACUUUAUUAUCAUUUUAUUCUUUUCAUUUCCUCCCCUUCUGGGCAACGGAGCAAUGAAAUUUCCAAUCGAGACGCCAAGAAAACAGGUGAACUGGGAUCCUAAAGUGGCUGUCCCCGCAGCAGUGCCGGCGGUGUGUCAGCCCAAGAGCGCCACUAACGGGCACCCCCCGGCUCCACGCCUCUCCAUUUCCUCCCGAGCCACGGUGGUAGCCAGGAUGGAAGGUGCCUCCCAGGGGGGCCUGCAGACCGUCAUGAAGUGGAAGACCGUGGUUGCCAUCUUUGUGGUCGUGGUGGUCUACCUUGUCACGGGUGGGCUCGUCUUCCGGGCCUUGGAGCAGCCGUUCGAGAGCAGCCAGAAGAACACCAUUGCCUUGGAGAAGGCGGAAUUCCUGCGGGAUCACAUCUGUGUGAGCCCCCAAGAGCUGGAGACAUUGAUCCAGCAUGCCCUUGAUGCUGACAAUGCAGGGGUCAGUCCCAUAGGAAACUCUUCCAACAACAGCAGUCACUGGGACCUUGGAAGUGCCUUUUUCUUUGCUGGAACUGUCAUCACCACCAUAGGGUAUGGGAAUAUUGCUCCAAGCACUGAAGGAGGAAAAAUCUUUUGUAUUUUAUAUGCCAUCUUUGGAAUUCCACUCUUUGGUUUUUUAUUGGCUGGAAUUGGAGACCAACUUGGAACCAUCUUUGGGAAGAGCAUUACAAGAGUGGAGAAAGUCUUUCGAAAAAAGCAAGUGAGUCAGACCAAAAUCCGGGUCAUCUCAACCAUCCUGUUCAUCUUGGCUGGCUGCAUUGUGUUUGUGACGAUCCCUGCUGUCAUUUUUAAAUACAUCGAGGGAUGGACAGCCUUGGAGUCUAUUUACUUUGUGGUGGUCACUCUGACCACGGUGGGCUUUGGUGAUUUUGUGGCAGGGGGAAACGCUGGCAUCAAUUACCGGGAGUGGUAUAAGCCCCUAGUGUGGUUUUGGAUCCUUGUUGGCCUUGCCUACUUUGCAGCUGUCCUCAGUAUGAUCGGAGACUGGCUACGGGUUCUAUCCAAAAAGACAAAAGAAGAGGUUGGUGAGAUCAAGGCCCACGCGGCCGAGUGGAAGGCCAACGUGACAGCCGAGUUCCGGGAGACGCGGCGGCGACUCAGCGUGGAGAUCCAUGACAAGCUGCAGCGGGCGGCCACCAUCCGCAGCAUGGAGCGCCGGCGCCUGGGCCUGGACCAGCGGGCCCACUCCCUCGACAUGCUGUCCCCCGAGAAGCGCUCCGUCUUCGCCGCACUGGACACGGGCCGCUGCAAGGCCUCGUCCCAGGACAGCAUCAACAACCGGCCCAACAACCUGCGCCUGCAGGGGCCGGAGCAGCUGAGCAAGCAUGGGCAGGGCGCCUCCGAGGACAACAUCGUCAAUAAGCUCGGCUCCACCUCCAGGCUCACCAAGAGGAAAAACAGGGACCUCAAGAAGACCCUGCCCGAGGACGUGCAGAAAAUCUACAAGACGUUCCGCAAUUACUCCCUGGAUGAAGAGAAGAAGGAGGAGGAGACGGAAAAGAUGUGUCACUCGGACAACUCCAGCACAGCCAUGCUGACGGACUGUGGCCCGCAGCCCGGCGGGAUGGAGAACGGGAUGGUCCUCACCGACACCAAAGACAGGGACCUCGAGGACAACUCGUUACUCGAAGACAGAAACUAAAUGGGAAGGACGUUGGACUAAGCGCUGUGGUUUUUUUAUAGUCACACGGAGACACGUGCCUUAAACAGACUUCUUGUUCGUCCAAAAUUACAUAGCACCGAAGAAUAUGUUUCACUGUGCCAUAAACGACUGAGCGCUUGCUCUGCCCGAAGGAGUCAGAGAAUAAGAAUGUCGCUUCAGAGAGCCACUGCAGGACACGCAGGGAGCGUUCGCACAUGCAGCAGGUGGUGGCCGUCCACACGAGGGGGUGUCCUGGGCAGUGCUGUGCCACCGUGCAGGGCCGCCCUGGCUCGGCGUGUGGAAAAGGGCAGCUAUUCCUUAGACCAGCCUACUGAGAGGAACAGGUGUGUCUUUUAAAUGGAGUCUCGUUUCCUGCACAUGCCAUUAGUGAUAUGUGCACACACAGAAGGGGACCUGAUUGGGGGUGAACUGGGAACUGUGACUGGGGUUAGGGUUGACAUUCUGGCAGGUGCUCUGAGCUUGAAUUUUGAUAUAAACCAUUCAGCGCAUAACACCUUGUCUUUCUAAGCUCCGAAGGAAUGGCCUGAGCGCACCUGGAAUGUGUUGGGAGCAGAUCAGAGCACAUGUAAAAAAUGUGCAGUUGCUUUUCUCGUGACAAAAGAAAAAAUAAUCACAGACAUAUCUCACUGUGGAUUUCACCAUGACCCAUGACAGAAGCCUACUGGGUUUUGUCUUUCUCACAGGGGGAGGUAGUCCAAAUGGAUUUGGGAGCACUGGUGAAAACUCAACCUCAGCUGCUGCAUGGUUAAAGGCAAAUCAUGCAUUUUCCUUAGUGGGUGCGAUGGUGAAAAUAAACUGAUUUCGAAAUGUC